GACACUGUGUCAGGAGAGAGAGAGAGAGAUAGAGAGAGGAGAGUGGACCUGCGGACUUAGAGCUGUCAUCUACCCAAGCUUUAAACUCUGUUGUUUCUGUGGACUUUCCUCUGACAUUUCCUGGAGGAGGAAUCAGUCAAUCUUUUCUUUUUUAGAUCUGAAGGAUUGUUUUUGUUUCACGGCUGAGCGGGACAGAGCAUCUCAGCUGAGACCCUGCGGUGACGUGUACGCAUGGAGGCUGAUCGGUGGAGACUUUCUGUCUUGUUCUGAGAUCACAGAUCGUCAUUUCAAACCAGCAUCAUCUUCUGCAGGCCCAAAGGAAAUCCCUGACUUCACAACAGAGCAUAGGACUUCCAUUCAAGGAGCCUGGAGCUGCAGGAAGAGAGAGGGAGUGAAAAUAAACACGGCCUAAAAAAAAACACUCUUCAUGAAUUCACCAAAAACCUGAAAGGCAAAUACUGCAAGUUGGCUGGCGGUCCUGAGGAGGCAUGUGGACAAUGAGUAUGGCUUGGCUCUGUCUUUCAGCCUACACCGUCCUCUUCAUUGGUUGCUUUCAUACGGCUGUCACGGAAAAUGAUGUCACUCCACGCCUCACCUUCUCCUACAAUGCGAAGGAGAGGACAACCAAAAGUUUCUCAGUUGACGGAGUCUUCAACUAUACGGCUCUCCACCUCAGUAAAGAAGACAACAUGCUGUAUAUUGGUGCCCGGGAGAUUCUCUUUGCUCUCAACCUCACUGAUAUCAGUGCAGUCAAGCUACAAAGAAACCUCACAUGGAAAACUCCAGAGAGGAAGCGAGACGAGUGCAGUUUCAAAGGCAAAGACCUGCAGACGGAUUGCUUCAACUACAUCAAGAUUUUGCUACAUCUGAACAGCACUCAUCUGUACGUGUGUGGAACAUACGCCUUCAGCCCCACCUGUGCUUACAUAAAAACUGCAGACUUCUCCCUCAUCAAGAGUGAUACCGGUGAGAUUGUUACAGAGGAUGGACGAAGCCGCUGCCCCUUCAACCCUGAAUACAAGUCCACUGCCAUCAUGGCUGAUGGAGAGCUGUAUGCUGGUACAGUGAGUAAUUUCCAAGGAAAUGAACCCAUCAUUUACAAGAGUCUAAGCCAAGGAACUGCUCUAAAAACAGAAAACUCACUCAACUGGCUUCAAGACCCGGCCUUUGUUGGCUCUGCCUACAUACAGGAGAGCCUGCCCAAGGGCAACCUAGUGGGCGAUGACGAUAAGAUUUACUUCUUCUUCAGCGAAGCAGGAAAGGAGUUUGAUUUCUUUGACAACACCAUUGUGUCACGCAUUGCUCGCGUGUGUAAGGGUGACAUGGGAGGCGAGAGGGUACUGCAGAAGAAAUGGACAACCUUCCUGAAGGCUCAACUCUUGUGCUCUCUGCCCGAUGAUGGCUUCCCCUUCAACAUAAUUCAAGACAUGUUUGUGCUGACGCCCAGCCCCGAGGACUGGAAGAACACUGUGUUUUAUGGAGUCUUCACAUCUCAGUGGUAUAAAGGUGCUUCAGGAAGCUCUGCAGUGUGUUCCUUCACUAUGGAUCAAGUGGAAAAUGCAUUCAAUGGGCGAUACCGUGAGGUCAACCGAGAGACUCAACAGUGGUACACAUACAACCAUCCUGUCCCAGAACCUCGGCCUGGAGUGUGCAUCACAAAUGCUGCCAGGGAACAGGGCAUCUCCUCCUCGCUGCACAUGCCGGACAAGGUGCUAAAUUUUGUCAAAGACCACUUCCUGAUGGACAGCGUGAUUCGCAGCCAGCCGCUCCUGCUCAAACGUAAUGUUCGCUACACGCAGAUUGCCGUUCAUCGAGUAAAGGCAGCAAAAAAAGCGUAUAAUGUGCUCUUCAUUGGCACAGAUGAUGGGAGACUUCAUAAAGCCAUUAAUGUCAACAACAAGAUGCACAUCAUUGAGGAGAUGGUGCUCUUCCGUGAUUCCCAACCAGUGCAACACAUUGAGCUGGACACUGAAAAGGGUCAGCUUUAUGUUUCCUCUUUCUCUGAACUGGUGGAGGUCCCAGUAGCUAACUGCACUAAUUAUCAGAGCUGCGGGGAGUGCAUCCUCUCCAGGGAUCCAUACUGUGCCUGGAACGGGAGGCAGUGUGUGGAUGUCAGACAGGCUACACCAAGCAAUGCCUGGCAGCAGGAUGUAGAUGAAGCAGACACAUCAGCUAUUUGCAACAAGACAAUGCCAAGCCCACGGUUUGCUAAACCUCUACCUACACGAAUGUCUUCAUGCCAGGUGAUCAUUAUCCCGGCCAACACUUUCAAAGUACUGCCUUGCAAGCUGCGCUCCAAUUUGGCUGAAAGGAAGUGGGAGUUCAGUGAGAGCGCAGGUCACUUCCAUUACCCCAGCCCAGAGGGGGGGCUAGUAGUGGUAGCACAAGCUGACAGCCAGGAAACCUACGAGUGCUGGUCAGUGGAAGAAGGUUUCAGACAGCUGCUGGCCAACUACUGUGUGAGGGGCGAGGCCAAGCAGGAGAGCACCACCCUGACAGGCCGUUCACGUACACCACAGAUCUCACAGGAGGAGUUUAUCAUCCUGCCAGGAGAGGCCCGCUCACCGCAGAUCAACACUAAAACCUACUGGAACGAGCUUAUAGUGGUGUGUGCCCUCCUGGCGUUUUCCCUCGUGGUCUUCUCUCUUUUUGUGAUCUACAGGAACCGCGACCACAUGAAAUCCAUGCUUAAGGAGGGCGAGUGCCCCAACAUGCAGCAGAAGAAGCCCAGAAUAGUGGGGAAACCGGUUGAGAACUUGCCGCUAAAUGGCAACACAGUGACAGCGUCGGUGUCAGAUCACAAGGGCUACCAGACCCUUAACGACAACUACAUCUGCAGCACUCCACCGCACGAGUGCUCGUCGCCCGACAACAGCAAGAGCUUCUCAGAGUCGGAGAAGAGGCCGCUGAACUUGAGAGAGAGCCACGUAGAGAUUUCCCCCACAUGCCCGCGGCCUCGAGUCAGACUAGGCUCUGAGAUUAAAGACUCUAUAGUGUGAGGCUGGCUUUAUGUUAUGCGGAGUGACUCAUUUUGAACUGAAAGGAAAGAGUGCACUUGCUGAGAAAGACAAAACCCUAUAAGCGUGAAAACUGAGGAACGUCAGACUCUUCACGGAGAGACAUUUCAUUACACAGAUUUUGCACUUUGUCUUUUUUUAUGUUCUGUUCCUGUGGUCCAUGUGCAUUUUAUUUUAUUUUCCUCUCACUCCCCCUUUAUUCAAGUGCAUUUGAAUCACACUGAAGAAGUUCCAGUUUGCCUUCAGACUUUUGAUGCUUUCACGUACGGCUCACAGGAAUGUAACAAGCGCAGAGGUGGUGUCACAACUAUGAUUCAGUGAUUGAAUUUCAUAGCAUUGCCACUCAGUCCGUCCAUAAAAUCUACUGGUAAUGCUUUGAAAGGCAGAGUGAUAUUCAAACAUGUUCCCACUAACGGCUGAAACAGUGCUUUGCUGUUUUUUUUCAUUCUGUCAUCUGGUUAUGGGCCUACCCUUUGCUGAGGCUAUGCACUAUGUACUGUUCUGUAGCAAAGUAAACAAUCACACCAGAAUAUACACUAAGAAUCCCGUGGCAGGCACGAAAGAAAGAAAAAAAAAAGUCCUGUCAUAGAUUUGUUUUUAGAUAGCCAGUGUGCAUUCACAGACGUAUGCUUGUUGUUUGGGCUUAAACACAGCGGCAGAGAAAGAAUUUUGCUAAGAGAAUGAAAAUUUAAUAAAACAAGAAAUCACCUCAGUAAAAAACGUUGUAGAAACUCUUACCACCUCAAUCACUACACACCAAAAAAAUAUUAUUAUAUAAUCCUAAAUGAAGACACAUUAUGCUUUUUAAAGUAUUGGUAUUACUAUCCUCUGUUGAAGCCUGACUUUCGACAGGGUUGUCUGUCACCAAAUGUGAUAAAGGGAAAAAUCUCAUUCCAGGUAUUAUCAUGCUGUUCUUCAUGAGAUAGGCAGUCUAUGCAAAGCAAAUAAUGUGAAGUGGGGUAAAAAAAACCAAGAAAACCUCACCUCGAGACUGAGUAAGCACAAAGGUGUUGGCACUGUUAAUUACUUUAGGACCAGUUGCACUGCAAACACACACCCUGGCACACGCUCUCAUUACACUAACUCUAAGUAUGCAAAAGAUUUUAGCCAUUUUGGUGUAUUUUAAGGAGGGAGAUUGGUCAAGAGAGAAAUUUUUUUCCUAAUAAUUCUUUAAGGUUUUAAAUAUCUAUCACUAAUCAAAGGGAAAUAAUAAUAAUACAUAUUUAAAUACACCCAUUCAUAAUCUGAUUUAAAUAACACGCAUCUGUAUAGCCUCAACUUUGAUAUACUUAUUGAUGAGAGUUGAUGAAUGGAAGAAAAUGCCCUCUGCUUGCUUAAAUGGUUUUAAAGGCAACCAUAAAAGCAAUAAUUGUCUUUUUUUUCCAGUAAUAACUAUAAGAAUUGCGCUUUUUAAUUAUCUUGAUUAGCCAUCUCCUUAUGGAGAAAUAAUAAUUGUAAACCAUAUGAUCCACCACAUUUAUAAGUCAGAUGUUGGAGUAACUUGAAAGCAUUUUUCAUGUCAUAAAAAUAUAAUGUAAGUCUUACUUUGAGUUUGGCUCUAGUGUUGUAAUGCAGCCAGCAAAAUUAAAACAUCACAAAAAUGCAGGAAGGUAUACUUGCUUGACUCAGAAUGCAUAGGAUUUGCACAUGAUUUUGAAAAGCCUUAGUACAAUGCAGGUUAUGGAUUUGAUAACAAAUCUGCCUUGGGGAAAACAGAUAAUGCCUUGUGAAACAAUAAUCAAGAGAUGUGCCUCUUGGGAUAAUAAACUAACCAGGUCGUAGUGCUGUAGAGUCAGACAGGACUGGCCAUGCUCAGAAACAAGAGUGAAAAACAUGAAAUACAUGUAAUUUAAUACUGUCAGUGUUGUACAGUAUGUGCUCAUGAGGUGUUUUUUUUUUUUUUAUUUAAUUUAAUUUUUUGUUAUGGUGGCUUCAACCUCAGUCAGGGACAAAAUUUUAUUCUAAAACUGUAGCACAUAAAUAACCACUGGCUGAUUUUAAAAAUACUGAAUUAUAGAUACGCAUUAGUAUUACGUUACAUUUCUUGUAAAGUAAAUGGCACUGCAAAAAUGACUGUGUGAAUUUCAAAGACUGGUUUCGGGUAUAAUCAAUCAUGCAGUAUGGAAGAUUCAUGCUUUGACUGUUAUUAGAAACACAAAAGGGCAGCUUUUGGUGAAGUGGCUGUCAUCAGAACAAUAUUAAAUUUGCUAAGUGCGAGAAAAUAUACAGUGGCAGUGAUUUAGUAAAAUAUGUGCAGGUACUGAACAUGCUUUUAUUCGAAUACAUGCCUAAACUAUUAAUGCCACAGUGAAAGUAUCGUCGUCUACGCUCUCUCUUAAUAAAACCACUAUAGUCUGGCCUUCUAUUUGUGACAGUACAAGUUGCCCAGAGUCUUGACAACAUGUAUUGCACUGUAAGAAAAAAAUAGUUUUUAUGUAAAAUUGUUUUGUAAAUUCAGCUGCCAAUGUAAAAAAUAUUGUGAAUUGUAAUUUUUUGUAUCAUACAUCACUACUGUUUUUUUCCUUUCCUUUUUUGUAUUGUAUAUAAAAAGCACUUUAUUUUAAUUUUUUCAAAUAAAGAUCAAAUGGAUACUUUU